AUGUCUCCAAACUCUCCCAAGUUUGGCAUGUUGCUAGGGACCGGUCAGGUGUCUUGCAGUGUGCCGCGUCAUACAUACAGCUUCGGGGUGAUUCCCAGCAGCCCCCCGAUAUCCGAACGGGGGGCGUUACGACACCGGACACGGACAAGAAGGUCAACAACCAACGAUCGUCAUCAUCAUCAUUACUUCGACUUCAACUUCAAGACCAGCUUGACUUGUAAGAAGAACACCGUCUCAACCAAAAUGACUGAAACAGCACCCGCUCGAAAACAGGAACAAGAUUUCACCAAGGAAGUGGACGAAUUGAUUCCUGAAGUGGAUCGAUUGAUCAAAAAUGGAAAUCUUCAACAAGGGCUUGAUAAGUUGCUAGUCUUAGAGAAACAAACGAGAAAUGCCUCAGAUCUCUCAUCGACGACCCGAUUAUUACUCGAGAUAGUGACGAGAGUAUUCGAAUCCAAAGACAUCGAAGGGCUCUGUUUACAAGUCCACCAACUGGCACGAAAACAUGGCCAACUACGUCAGGCUACGACGACUAUGGUCGAGAAGGUGAUGAGUUUUAUCGAGAAAGUCGAUGAUCAUCAGCAAGAUAAAAUCAAGAUGAUCGAAAGUCUACGAGAAGUAACCGAAGGAAAAAUAUAUCUGGAAGUCCAACGAGCCAGAUUGACCAAACAAUUAGCCCAAAUAAGAGAAUCCGAAGGCGCAACGAAGGUCGCGAACGAGUUGAUGCAAGAACUACAAGUAGAGACCUUUGGCUCGAUGGAGCGACGGGAGAAGAUCGACUUCAUCCUCGAACAGAUGCGCUUACUCCGGAUCCAACAGGACUGGGAGAAACUAGCGAUCGUCAGUAAGAAGAUCAACAACAAAUGGUUAACCGAAGUCGAAAACGAAGAUUUAAAUGACUUGGUGAAAUGUUUUACGACCCCAGAGUUGAUGCGUUGGCCAGGAAUCCAAGAACUGUAUGGGCCGAUCUUGCGUAAAUCGAAAGUGUUUGGUCCGGCUGGGAUCGCCGGAUUGGAAGGAGAUCUAGAGGAUGAAGAGGUUGAUCCGACGAGCAACUCAGGCGAGACGCGAUGGCAGGAGUUACACAAACGGGUUGUCGAACAUAACAUUCGAGCGGUAUCCAAGUAUUAUACUCGCUUGACGAUCCAAAGGUUAUCCGAAUUACUCGACCUGACGAUCCCGGAAUCCGAGGCGACCUUAGCCAAACUGGUCAGUUUGAAGACAGUGUUUGCCAAGAUCGAUCGACCGUCUGGGAUCGUUCGAUUUAGUAGUGGUAGUAGUACUCCUAGUCAUACUACUACUAGUGGUGAGAGUGUGCUCAAUCAGUGGAAUGAUGAUGUGGGUAAACUGUUGGGUCUGGUCGAGAAGACUGUUCAUCUUAUUCAAAAGGAGUUUGCUCUCCAAGGAAUCAAAUAG